GUGAUCUCUGUUGGUGGACCAGAUGUAGUUGUCAUCCAUGUCUUUUGCUACAAGAGCACCGAAAGCGACGGGGCUCUCCGGCGCACCUUGGCGGACACCAUUGCUCUGCCGGGCGGGGAUGCUUUCCCCAGCAACCUGCACGGCUAUUCUCUCGGCGUGGAGGAGGGCGACCCAUGCGCGCUCCAAGAUCAACAGGGUGGGUUCGAAGACGAAAGCGACCAUCCAGCCUGGGCAAAACAGGAGCUGACAGCCGACGAGAAGCUCAGGAAGGACUUCCAACGAGAUCACACCGGGAUACGAACCAUGUCCGACAAGGCGGCGCUGGUGGCUUCCGAAAUCACCUCGGCCCGCAUUCUCAACCAGGAGGCCUGUGCUCUCCAGGAAUCCACAAACCUCAAACAGACCCUAAACCUUAG